UCAUUGAAGGUGAAAAUGAUGAUGUCAAUGUUACUGAUAUUAGAAUAAGCUUUUCAACUGAAAGCUCUUUAGAACUUGAAUUAAAUAAAUCGACCAACACUGAUAUUUUCACUAUCGUACUUUCGUAUUUAGUCAUGUUUUUCUAUGUAUCUGUGGCUUUGGGUAAUAGAUCAACUAUCCCACGCAUGAUUAUUGACUCAAAAUUCAUGCUGGGCAUUUGUGGUAUAUUCAUAGUUUUGGCGUCAGUUUCAACCUCAGUUGGAAUUUUCUCAUUCCUUGGAAUCAAGGUUACGCUAAUUAUCGCUGAAGUCAUUCCAUUUCUUGUAUUAGCCGUGGGAGUAGAUAACAUUUUUAUUCUUAACCAUGAAUUCGAGAGAUUAACUUUAAGAUCAGGUGGUGAAGAGUCUGUUGAAGAACGUAUCGCAAAAACUUUAGGUCGUAUGGGACCAAGUAUACUUCUUAGUGCGUUAAGUGAAACUAUCGCAUUCGGUUUGGGUGGCAUAGUUACAAUGCCGGCUGUACGAAAUUUUGCUCUUUAUGCUGCUUUAGCUGUAUGGGUAGAUUAUUUAUUACAAGUAACUGUGUUCAUAGCGUUUCUAUCUUUAGAUGCUAAACGACAAGAGGAUGAUAGGAUGGAUUGCUUUCCAUGUAUUAAGGUUGAAAAUGCACCAGAAAGGAUAGAUAGAGAAGGUACACUUCAAAAAUGGAUGAGAAAGUAUUAUGCACCGUUCAUAUUACAUAAAAGUGUUAAGAUCGCAGUAAUUACAAUAUUUAUUGGUAUAUUUCUGAUUGGACUAAGUUUGGUGCCUCAAGUUGAAUUAGGACUUGAUCAACGGAUCGCAUUACCCAGUGAUUCCUAUCUUAUUGAUUAUUUCGAUGAUUUGGACAAUUAUUUCCGUGUCGGUCCACCUGUUUACUUUGUUGCCAAAAAUGUAAACGUUACAAAAAAAGAUGGUCAACGGGCUUUAUGUGGACGUUUUAGUACAUGUGAACAAUUUUCAUUAUCCAAUAUCUUGGAGCAAGAACGCAAAAGACCACAUGUAUCAUAUAUAGCGGAACCUACAGCAUCAUGGAUUGAUGAUUUCUUGCAUUGGCUUAACCCAUCGCUUGAAAUGUGUUGCCGAUUCAAAAAGGGUUCCGAUCCUGUUGAAAUGUGUGAUAUAUUUGAUGAUGAAGAUGAUUGUCAGACUUGUUUUAAAGAUCGCGAACCCCAAUGGAACACCACAAUGAAGGGUUUACCAGAAGGGAGUGAAUUUUUAUAUUAUAUGAACCUUUGGAAAAAUUCUCCACCUGAUGAAUCAUGUCCAUUAGCAGGAAAAGCAGCGUACGGAGAUGCAAUAGUUUCCAACCCAGAACAUAACACGGUAGUAGCUAGUCAUUUCCGAACAUUCCAUACACCUCUUAAGAGUCAAAAAGAUUAUAUAUCAGCAUUUCAUGCAGCACACCGUAUUAGCAAAUCAAUUAAAAAGAAAAAUCCAUCGGUAGAUGUAUUUCCCUACUCAGUGUUUUAUAUAUUUUUCGAACAAUACGAACACAUUGCAGGAUUAGCAGCUGAAAUAUUUUUAUAUGCGUUUAUAUCAAUAUGGGUAGUAACAGCAUUACUGUUAGGUAGCGUAUGGACAGGAUUGAUCGUAGUAGGUCAUGUGAUAAUGAUAGUUGUGUGUGUGCUUGGAAUGAUGGUAAUAUGGGGUGUAUCAUUAAAUGCGGUAAGCUUAGUAAAUUUAGUAAUAUGUGUAGGAAUAGGUGUAGAAUUUUGUGUACAUGUAGUAAGAGCAUUUGUAGUAGGAGGCGAAGGGGUAGAUAGAAAUGAGAGAGCGUACGGAGCGAUAGUAGAUGUAGGAAGUUCAGUAUUUUCGGGCAUUACAUUAACCAAAUUUUGGGGAAUAUUAGUAUUGGCGUUUACUAGAAGUAAAAUAUUCGAAGUAUAUUAUUUUAGAAUGUAUGUUAGUAUGGUUAUAGCAGGAGCAUUACAUGGAUUAGUAUUAUUACCAGUGGUAUUAAGUUUAGUUGGAGGUGAAGGUGUUGGAACAGGAGAAGACUUUGAUUAUGAUAUUGCUGAUGAAGUACUUGGAGGAAGACCUAUCAGAAGAGCGGAUAAUAGAAUGCUUGUAGAUGAUGGAGGAAUUGAAAGUGGAGAGAGUGAUGCAGAAUUGUAA